AUGGAGGGCCAAUUGGCUCAAAUUGCACAACAAGUUGGAAGUUCAUCCUCUAACCCCGGUGGUCAAUUUCCAAGCACAACGGUAAUGAAUCCAAAAGAGCAAGCGAAAUCAAUCACCUUGAUUAUGGAAGGGGGGUAUGAAACUCCAAUUAUGAGAGAAAAUGUUGCCAAAAAGGGAGAUGAGGGAGAUAGUUGGGUAGAUGAAAGUGAGUUUGAAAAUGAAGUGAGUGAGGAGGCGAGAGGAAGGUCAAAAAUGAGUGAUGAGGGUGCCUCAAAGAGAGAUGAGGGAGAAGUGAAGAGUCAAGCUCCAUUGAGAGCAUAUGAGCCUCAUAUUCCAUUCCCUCAUAGAAUGAUAGAGAAGAAGCUAAAUGAGAAACUUUCUAAGUUCCUUGAUGAAAUGGAAGGACUUCAAUCAAACAUUCCACUUCUCCAUGCUUUGUCUCAAAUGCCUACAUAUGCAAAGUUUUUGAAAAAUAUUCUUUCUAACAAGAGUAGGCUUGAGGAGAGUGAUUCUAUCUCUCUUCCAACGGAGAUAAGUGCUAUUCCUCAAAAUGAGCUUCCCGAGAAUGUUAGCCUUAUGCCUCUCUCUAUGGCAAAAAGAUUAAAUCUUGGGGAGAUUAGCCCCACCAAAAUGUCAAUCCAACUAGCCGACCGCUCGGUUAAAGUCCCAUUGGGAGUCUUGAAGGACAUCCCAAUUCAAGUGGGGAAGGUUCUUGUGCCUUGUGAUUUUGUAAUCAUGGAGAUGGAUGAGGAUUUCAAAAUUCCUCUCAUAUUGGGUAGGCCCUUUUUGAAAACCGCGGGUGUUAAUAUUGACAUGAAAAAAGGGCGGCUUACCUUAAAUGUUGGGCAUGAAAGAAUCUCUUUCUCAUUUCCGGAAACGUUGAAUGACCCCAUGGUUAAACAAGUUCAUCGGGUUGAUGUUUUGGUUAAUAUUUUGAAAGAAGACAUGGAGGAGUCACAAGAUGAAUCGACUCAUGCUCCGGAGGUGAAAAAGCAAGAGAGGGCCAAGAAGAAAAAGAAAAACAAGAUCAAGUUGAUAGACAAGAUGUUUGGUUGCAUUUCUAGUGAUGAUAGCAAUGUGAUUAUUUUGCCUAAGGAAAAUGGCAAGUGUGUGGGAACAAUGAGAUGGGUCAAAAAGGUGUGCCUUGAUCCUCCCUAA